AGAGCGACAGAAGUACCAGUCCUGUUCAGAGAUGAUGGGUUUCAGCUGCCAACACCGUUCCGCCUCCCUGCGCAUCUUCCUCGUCUCCGUCGUCCUCCUGCUCACCGCUCCUGCGGGGCGUUGCCAUUGCUACAAGCGCAUCUUCAGCUUCGGCGACUCUAUCAUCGACACGGGCAACUUCGCGCGCAGCGGCCCGAUAAUGGAGUACCCAUUUGGCAUGACCUACUUCCACCACCCUACCGGCCGCAUCAGCGACGGCCGUGUCCUCGUCGAUUUCUACGCUCAAGCGCUCCAGCUGCCGCUGAUACCACCAAAUCUGCCGGAGAAGGACACGGGGCUAUUCCCGACAGGCGCAAACUUCGCUGUGUAUGGCUCCACGGCGAUGCCCCCGGAGUACUACCGCAGGUGGAACCACGACGUGCGGGCCUGUUACCUGGGCGUGCAGAUGGGAUGGUUCAAACAAAUGCUGCAACGAAUUGCUCCCUGGGAUGGCGCCAAGAGGCAGAUCCUGAGCGAGUCUCUCAUCGUGCUGGGCGAGAUCGGCGGCAACGACUACAACUUUUGGUUCGCUGCCCGUAGGCCCCGCGAGCAAGCCGGCCAGUUCAUCCCAGACAUCGUCGCGACCAUUGGCUCUGCUGCCCAGGAGCUCAUCGGCAUGGGCGCGAAGGCGAUCCUGAUCCCGAACAACUUCCCUAUCGGCUGCGUACCGACAUACCUGAGCGGGUACAGGAGCGGCAACCGCGCGGACUACGACGAGCACGGGUGCCUCCGGUGGUUCAACGACUUCUCCCAGAGGCACAACCGGGCGCUGCGCGGCGAGGUCGACCGGCUCAGGGCGCAGCACCCCGGCGUGAAGCUCAUCUACGCCGACUACUACGGUGCCGCCAUGGAGUUCGUCAAGGACCCGCACAGGUUCGGCAUCGGUGACCCCCUCACGGCGUGCUGCGGUGGCGAUGACCAGCCGUACCACAUCAACAGGCCGUGCAACAGAGCGGCCAGGCUCUGGGGCAAACCGAGCGGCUUCGCCAGCUGGGACGGCAUGCACAUGACUGAGAAGGCGUACCAAGUCAUCUCCCAUGGGGUGCUCAACGGGCCGUUCGCCGACCCGCCAUUUGCUAAAUGGAGCUGCUAGCUGUUAGUUUUGGUGGUAACGGUGAAAGGGGAUUGGUUUGUUCUCUUAGCUGAGAGCUCACAGCAUCUUCAAUAGACUUUUUUUAAAUUCAUCGCUCUCUAAAUCAUCAUGUAAAGAAUCAUUUAAAUAAAAAUUACUUUCUAUA